AUGAAUCCAAGCAUGGAGCCACAAGCUUUUGGGGCGGGUCGCGCAGGUUCAAUGUUUGAUCCGAUCGAAUUUUUAAAGAAACCUCAAGUUAUCCUACGCCUUGUUGCCUGGGAGGGAUAUGUAUCUGGCACGUGUCGGUACAAUGGAUCGAACGCAUGCGGUUUUGGUAUUGCCAUUGGAGUCAUUUCUUUUUUACUUUGCAUGGUGUAUACUGCACUUGAUAUUUAUUUUCCAAAUUUAUCUAAUAUUAAUCAUCGAAAAUAUGUUGUCUUAUCUGAAUUAAUUGUAUCAGGUAUAUUUGUCUUCUUUUGGUUCAUUGCAUUUUGUUAUAUGGCUGAUCAAUGGCGUCAAGAAGACCAGAAAGCAUUAACCGGCUGGAAUGGACAAAACAGUGUUCAAGCUGCGAUUGCAUUUGCCUUUUUCUCAAUUGCUGUUUGGAUUGCAUUGGCCUUUUUUGCAUUUCGUCGUUAUCGUGAAGGUGUGUCAAACUUAUUCAGUUCGAGCUAUGAAGAUCAUACGAAUAAUCCGGCUGGUGGUCAAGCGGGUGCAUCCUAUCCUGGAUUUCCAGGUGUUGGUGGUACAAGUUCAGGCUUUCAACAGCCUCCAUUUACAGCAACACAACAAACAUCAAACUAUCAGCCACCAACAUACUAA